GGCCAUCUCCAGCAGUGUCUAUUUCCGCUCCGCAAACUACUGUAGCGCUUGGUUUGCCGUCGAAGGCGUCCGCAUCGGUCUCCAGCAGAAGCCAUAUCGAGUGGAACAGGGAAGCGGGGAGGGGGUUGGCGUCGGCAAACUUGCGGAGAGAUGCGGCGGCCGCAUCCCUGUUCGCGAGGUGACUGAAGAAGUGGCCGUUGCUCUCGCGGAGAGGCGGAAGUGGAGCUGACGAGUUUUUGCAGAGGCGAGGUGGGCGGCUUCGGUGGCCGGCGGAAGCGACCACCAUCCGGUGAGCCGGCAGACGACGCAGAUCCGGCGACCGCCCUCGAAGCUUUCCCACCGUCCGUUUGCUCGGCCGCCGUAGGAAGACCGUGGUCCUCCCCAAGCCUGUGGUAAGUCCUCCUGUCCCAAUCCAUGUCUUUGCGUGACGGACGUUUCCUUGUUACGGCGGCGCCACGGAGGUAGCCACCGAGGUGCGCGCUGGUGGUGGAGGCCCGAGGCAGGAGCUGGUCGGAACGGCAGAUGCAGCAGCAGCGGCGCGCGCCGCAGCUGCCCAAGAUCGAGGACGACGGCAACCCGCGCUUCGUCAUGUUCAUCCGCACUGCAAAUGUCUACUUCUGGUACCCGCUCAACGUCGUGACCGGCGGAACGACGGCGAAGAUCAUGCUCGCGUCCAAGGACAACUUCCUCGGCAAGUACAUCUACAAGGACACGCUCGCCAGGAACCUCGCCGCCGUCAUUUACAAAGAAAAUGGAAACAUAAGAUCUGCGCUGAUGACAAGUAAUGUGAUCGAACUUUCAAAGAAGGACGAGCUCAAAACUGUGGUUGACAAGGUGAAGGACUUCUUUGGUGAAGUAACUACUGAGCUCCUUUGCGCAGAUCACAGGGUCUGCUCUCAGCAAGGAUGCAGAGCAAGCAGAAGGGGAAGAAGAGAAAUUCCGCUCAAAGAGACGAAAGAAGCGGAAGUCAAAGUAGGGCCUCAAGACGGAGGGAUGAUUCUAUCACUUAGCACAUCAGGGGCCGUCAGACAAGCAAAGCAGGAUCUGUGAUUUUGCCGUGUCCCAAACUAGAGCUGCUCUGUAAUUUCUCCAGCUUUAAUUUUUUGCAAAGAGAAUGUGUAACCUCCUUGCGACUGACGAGUUGAUUCCUUCUCACUAAAUCUCGCAAAUUCUGGCGAGGGGGUACAGUUGUAUAUUGAUUUCAUUUCUUGAUAGUUGAAAAGUGGAGUGGUUGUACAGCGCGAAAUUGAGAUAAUAUGGUCU